AUGGUGCUCACUGCUGGGUGUUCACAAGCGAGCACGCUGACAGGGUCAUUGAGCUGCUGGGGGAGGGAUGCCGGCAAAGUCCGCGGCGGCGACGCCGGAGUCGUCGUUGACGAGGCGUACCGGGGCAAUCGAUGGGUAUGCGGUCGAGGUCAUGGACUGGGCCUUUACGCCGUCAUCGCCACGGCUACCAACACGUCCAUGCUGGCCUUGGCCGAGGACCAGGAGUGCUGA